CUUGUUGUUUCCCCACAUGCGAUCGGUCUGUCAUCCGGGCUGUAGCGGGAGAGGCGUGCGUGAUAGGACUAUGUUCAUGUCAUUUCGUCGUAGUUACAUGUCUAUUAUGCCUACUAUGUGGAAUUACUGAUUUUUCAUCUAAGCUAACCUAAAAGACAAAGAAAAAAAAGCCGGUUCAAUUUUUGAGAGCACCAUUUCAAAGAUGGAUCCCAUAACAAAGUGGACUUCUAAACAAGUUGUAGAUUGGAUAAGAGGCCUGGAUGACAGCCUACAGCAGUAUGUCCCGUACUUUGAGCGUGAGAAGAUUGACGGGGAGCAGCUGUUGAAGAUCUCCCACCAGGACCUGCUAGAACUGGGUUUGACCAGGAUUGGACACCAGGAACUGUUGCUGGAGGCAGUCGACCUGCUCUGUGCUCUGAACUAUGGGGUGGAGACAGACAACCUGAAGACUCUGGUAGGACGUAUGAGAGCCGCGUCCAACAACCUCCACAACUCAGCGUCGGAGCGCAGAAAGAACCCGUCGUACGAGGCCAAGAAGUCCCACAAACCCCCCAAUGACUUCCUCACUGCUGUCGUGGAGCUCAUUGGAGCAGCCAAGAGUCUACUGGCCUGGUUGGACAGGACUUCUCUGGCGGGGAUCAGUGACUUCACCUGCACUAAGAACAGGAUCAUUCAGCUGUGUCUGGAACUCACCUCCACUGUUCAGAAGGACUGCACAGUUUAUGACAUGGAGGAGAAGAUUCUGGAAGUGUCUGUGGCUCUGAACGUGAUCAGUGAGCAGACGAUGAGGACGACCUCUGACCCCCAGAAGAGUCAGAUGGCCUGUCUGGAGGAGGUCCAUAUCACGAACAUCAGACCUAGGGAUGGACUGGGGUUGUAUAUCAAAUCCACCUACGACGGGCUUCACAUCAUCACUGGAACCACAGAACAUUCUCCAGCAGACAGAACACACAGGAUCCACGCAGGAGACGAGGUCGUCCAGGUCAACAAGCAGACAGUGGUGGGCUGGCAGCUGGACAACCUGGUGGGUAAGCUGAAGGCGGACCCAGCAGGCGUUACUCUGGUGGUGAAGAAGAGGCCCUCGGGUACCUUUAGCUUCACCCCGGCCCCCCUGAAAAACAUGCGCUGGAGGCCCCUUCUGGUGCAGAGCGCCCUGACUAUGCCUAAGAUCCAGUCUCCAAAACAUGCCAGUGAAGCCCGCAUGAAAAAAGAAAAGCCAGCCAUUCUGGACCUAUUUAUUCCUCCUCCCCCCACUGUACCCUAUACCCCACGAGAUGAGAAGCCUACAGCCAGUGUCAAACUGAGACCGAAGGGUUCACAGUCUCCAAACUCCUUCCUGGAUGAGGGCAGACGGCGCUUCACCAUUGCAGACUAUGACAACAAGAUCAGAGUCUGCCCCCCUCGUGAGCCCAACCUACAACCAGCCCAACCAGCCCCAGUAGCCCGCCUGAGACAACGGACAUCCAGACGGGGUAAACCACGGCCCCUGUCCAUGCCUGUGGACUCGUGUUUGGGCAUGUCUGAUUCAUCCUCCAGACCCUGGCCCCAAGGGAGAAAAGGAGAGGACAUCCUGCACAGAUACCUGAGUAACGAGCGCAUCGCCACCAUCUCUGAGGAGGCCUCGUUCUUCCCCCUACCCUACAGACCCCUGGAGGGUCGAUCUGGCCAGCUGGUCCGUGGCGUCGACCACAUCCGGGGCUCCCAGUGCUUCAUAAAUGCUGACCUGCACAACAGCGCCACCAUCCCCUACCAGGAGGCAUCGUCGAAAAAGGUCCCGGCUACAAUUAUGACCCCUAGUGCUGCUGCUACUCCCAAACGCCCUCCGUCUGAACCCUCUUCGAUCCUGGGGGGCUGGCUAGCCCGCCUCAGGCUGUUGAGUCAUUGACGAGUGCCUCGACCUUGUGGACAGUGGAACGUGUGUCGCCCCCACUGCCUUUACCUUGCUAUAAUCUAACAGUGGUAUGGUUUCUCCACUCAGUAUUCUGACUAACACCUACCAUACCUGGAACGUUCUGUUGGAACUUGGAACACGAAAACAGCUUUUGGAAGCUUUGCUUCAUUUCAACGCCACAUAGCCUAGGGGUAGACCAUUUGGUUGGAUCUCUCGCUACAUUUCAACUCCUUGGCGUGACAGACCUGGUUUAGAUUCAAUAUGCUGACAGAUUCAGAAUGUUACGUGGAGGAGUUGGAGAAAAUGACAAGAAGGUUUCUGUUUCUGCUCAUUUUCCUAAUCAAGAGAAGGACUAUCAUUCAGGUUUAGGGAACAUUAGCCUUGCUUCUGUAGUUGAACUGUCCUAUGUGUAAAUUGUUAAGUUAUUUAGUUUGUGUCUGUACAGAUUUCUUGUACAUACGGCUAAAAUCAAUUUAAGAAGUUGAUUUGAUUUUUGUACCGUUUUAUUUUGUAUUUCAUUUCAUGAGUUGAUAUAUAGAUAUAAUUAAACGCCUAUCAUUUUA